UCGCACACCCAGGGAUGCACGGAGCCUCUCUCCGAGCUCAGCCCUGAGGCCAGGCAGAGCUUCUUUGUCCCUCUGUGGAGCUGAGCACGGCCAGGUUGGGCAGUGCUGCGGUGCUCCCGAAGUUUUAGUGAGGUUCCAGCCACGAUUCAGCAGCUCUGCACACCACACAGGCAUUUAGCAUCCUGCUCUCAGCGUUUCUCCCAGGGAAGCACCGGAAUGCUGAAUACUGGAGGAGAAUCGCGUCGUGUGUUCAGUCAGGAUCAUACAGUCCUGCUGCUGGCAGACCAGGCAGCUCCUCUUCCUUCUCCUAAAUGCUGCAUGUGAAACUCUGCUGCUCCACCUCUCAUGCGCCGCGUACAGUCCAGCUCCAUCUUCUAUGCUGGAUGCAGAUCUGCCUGCAGAGUGUGCUUCCCUUGUUCUUCAGCCCCCCUCUGAUGAACUGUGCCACACAGAAGGACCGAUGGCCACAGCAGGAGGUAAAGGCCACACUUAAGCUGGGGCUCAAAUCCCUCUGGGCUGUCCGUGCCCAUGCAACUCCAGGCAGCUGCUGUAACUUCUGGUGCAACAGGAAACUCUGCACACAAGGGAAAUAAAAAUGAGACCACGACACUGGUCUCCUUAUGGAAGCAGCUGUUUCUAUCCGGCCCUGAGAUCCCAUGGAGAAGCUGAGGAGGGGGAUGGCUCUUCACAUCCAUGAAGCCUGGAUACUGCUGUUUGUAAUCCCUGGCUUGGUCACGUCGGCUGCCAUCAACCACGAAGACUACCCCGCCGAUGAAGGGGACCAGACCUCCAGCAAUGACAAUCUGAUCUUUGAUGACUACCGAGGGAAGGGUUGUGUGGAUGACAGUGGCUUUGUGUACAAACUGGGAGAACGCUUUUUCCCGGGGCAUUCCAACUGUCCCUGCGUUUGUACUGAGGAUGGACCUGUUUGCGACCAACCCGAAUGCCCUAAAAUCCACCCAAAGUGUACAAAAGUGGAACACAAUGGAUGCUGUCCAGAAUGCAAGGAAGUGAAAAACUUUUGUGAAUAUCAUGGAAAAAAUUACAAAAUAUUGGAGGAAUUUAAGCCCUCGCCAUGCGAAUGGUGUCGCUGCGAGCCCAGCAAUGAAGUUCACUGUGUUGUAGCAGACUGCGCAGUUCCCGAGUGUGUCAACCCGGUCUAUGAACCAGAGCAGUGUUGUCCGGUCUGCAAAAAUGGUCCCAACUGCUUCGCAGGAACCACCAUCAUCCCCGCGGGCAUCGAGGUGAAGGUGGACGACUGCAACAUCUGCCACUGCCACAACGGGGACUGGUGGAAGCCGGCGCAGUGCUCCAAGCGCGAGUGCCAGGGCAAGCAGGCUCUGUAGCAGCAGAACCCCUCACUGCCACCGCGAGCACGGCUCCAACGCGUCCCAGCU